AGGUCGAUUUUAUCAGAUUCGAUGACUCAGAUCAGGAAGCUGAACCAGCCAACCAACAGGGCCCAUCAAGAGAACCCCAACAAGGACAAGAACGGCCCGACACGUGGGACUAAACGAAAAUUGGGCGCAGUCAUAACUGAGGAACAGGCCGAUGCGGUCCGCAAGAAGAAAGGAUUGAUCAUCACCCCUUGGUUCGAUCGAUUGUCAUGGAAGGGCCGUAACGUACAGCAGAUGCUGACUGCCGAAAUUGGCUCGUUCGUUGCCUAUAUUCAACCUACGCAUGAAGAACACCAACUGAGACAGAUGAUCAUCCAAAUGAUCAGAAAAACUGUCCACUCUAGAUGGCCUGACGCUGACGUCGAACCCUUUGGAUCCUUUGGUACCAAACUUUAUCUUCCCGCUGGAGACAUCGAUCUAGUGAUCAUUUCAACUCAAAUGAUGAACGAGCAAAAAUCGAGAAUCUUAUACAAGUUAGCGCCAUUGAUCAGAGAGAACAAUAUUGGACAAGACGUAGUGGUCAUAGCCAAGGCGAAGGUACCGAUCAUCAAGUUCAAGACGAUCUUUGGUAACAUCAAUGUCGAUAUCAGCAUCAACCAGACCAACGGGAUCGUUGCAAUGAAGAAGGUUAACGAGCUACUGGAUGACAUCAAGUGCUUAAGCCUAGACAUCUCCGGCUCUACUCGACACUCUCGGGAUCUUGACCAACCCUUAUCCUCUCGAAAAGAACAGAAUGGACCCGCACACUCCCGUCGUCAUCGUCGCACAUCCUCACCAGAUCUCUCUGAUGACGAAAAAGCCAUUUCUCAGAUCAUCGAAGACUUGGGUGCCGCUAAAUGUUUGAUUCUCGUCAUCAAAUCUGUCCUCAAGCAACGUGGAAUGAAUGAGGUUUAUACCGGUGGUUUAGGAUCUUACAGUAUCAUCUGCUUGGUUGUUUCCUUCUUACAAUUGCAUCCCAAAAUUCAGAGAGGUGAUAUCGAUCCCAACAAGAAUUUAGGCGUACUCUUGUUAGAGUUCUUUGAGCUCUAUGGAAAACACUUUAAUUUUGACCAAACAGGUAUUAGCGUUCGUAAAGGUGGUUUCUAUUUCAGUAAAGCCCAUCGAGGCUGGCAGCGAGAACGGCAGCCAUAUCUACUCAGCAUCGAAGACCCAGCAGAUGAAAGUAAUGACAUAGCGGGCGGCUCACAUAACAUUUUGAGCGUCCGAUCAGUGUUCGCUGGUGCAUUUGAUUUGCUCAGUGCGACACUCUAUCACCGACACUCGAUCCAAUCAUCGCGAGAUGCCGCGUUUGAUGACCGCACAUCCCGCCCGCUCCUUUCGGUCCCUGUUCCUAAGCAACAAGAACAAGCGGCAGAGGACGACCGGCCAGAGAACUCAAAAGACCCGAUGGCCGAAUCUCUCCUGGGCGAGAUCAUGGGUGUCACCAAGGAACUGGUCGAGAAUCGGAAGAAAAACAUGAAGCUCUUCUACAAUGGUACCUUGCAGAGACUAUUGGAGUUACCUCCACCUCAACCUGCUGGAUCAACCGACUCUUCGUCGAAAGUCAAGCCCAAUAAGGUUUCUCGGGUUGAAGACGAUAAUCGGAAGAACCAUCAGAGCACUCGCUCGUCGCAAGCAGCUCAUCUUGACUCUAGACUUCGGAGCCGAAGUUCUUCACCUGCACAACGUGAUCGAAGAAGGGCAGAUGAUCGUGAUCCUAGCCGGGGAGAUGACCGUGAUCAUAGACUGCGAGAUAACGGUGAUCAUCGACUACGAGAUGAUCGUGAUCCUCAACGGGGAAAUGAUCGUAAUCUUCGCCCACGAGUUGAUCGUGAUCCUCGACGACAAGACGAUCGAGACUCACGACGACGAGCGCAUGACGGCCCGACUUCAAACCGAGAUGAGCCGAGGGAAGAUUAUCCAGCGGGCCAAUCACGCCGGCAGCUCAUCCGAUACGACGACAUGGUCGACGACCCUCCAUCCAAAGCAUUAGAGGACCAUGAUCAUCGACGGGGAGAUGAUCGUGACUCUCGCCGACGUGCUAGUCAGAAUUUGAAGCGAGAAGCACCGAGGGAAGACUAUCCAGACGGUCAAUCACGUCGGCCACUCGACCGGCACGACGACCUGUCCGUCCAUUCUCCACGCGAAGAAAGAGGAAAGGCAGACAAGAAAGGCAAACGCAAAGCGCCGACUCGGCACUCACCUCCACCGUUGUGGGUCGAAGAUGUUGAGCCGACAUCGGUGGAUAUCCUGAAGCGGUUCGCCGGCCAGACUGAAGGCCCAAGCCAACCCGCCGAAGAGACUGUAGAGAUCUCUGCGCGCGAUCCUCAACCACGAAUUGUGCUCCCUCAAGCUCGUCGGCCGUCUUCUACACCAAGCAUUGAGAUCGAUGAGCCAGUCCGGAGGAACGGCGUCAAUGGGAAAGCCGACCAGGAAGAUGAACUGGUCGACUCUAAGUAUCGGGCCAUCUCCUCCGCCUCCCAAUCCCACAUCCGAUCACCAACCAACCUCCUUAACAGGAUCACCUCUCCUCCUCCUGAUCCUCCUCCCCUCCCCGCCUCUUUGAUGUUCGAUGAUCAGUCGCUCCUGUCUCGUCAUCAAGUUCGUGGGCUCACUUAUUUCGUCGACGAGGACUCUGACUCUCAGUUCUCUGAACCGGGCCAGAUACGUGAAUGAUUGAUCAAUGUUUCUCUGUCCGUUUAUAUCUAUAUAUCUCUUAUUGUUUAUUGGUAUUCCUUUUUUUUUCUUGAGUGGGAUGUUCUAGAUAAUUUUGAAAGCAUUUUUUUUGGCAUGAAUUGGUGUUCCAUCAACCUAAGAUCAUGAUUGCUAGUAGAGCUCCCGCAAUUGCGGCAUAAAAGCCAUUGAGGGCUUGAUUUGACUAAGUCUAAGUUUCUAGCAGCAAGCAAUACACCCACUCUACAAUGUGUUGGAACUCUUCAAAUAUAAUUUCCUCCGUGUUGGGUUGCCUCUUCUCAGUGAAGUGUUGAUCCUUAGCCCAGAAUAGCCUUCUUUCCAGUCCAUGUCAAAUUGAAAAGCUAUCCUAUUUUUUGGAUCUUUGGGUCUCAGAUUGCAGUUACACCAUCUG